AUGUCGACGAACGGCGAUAUCACUAGUCUUGAUGCCAGCGGCAAAAUUGUUAAAAUGGAAGUCGAUUACAGUGCCAUCUGUGAUGAGAAGAUACCACUGUGGAAGUCAUGGGCAUCAAAAGGCAAAAUUCAAGAAGCUAUCGACCAACUUUUGGCCUUAGAAAAACAAACAAGAACUGGUGCUGACAUGGCUUCAACUGCCAGGAUCCUGGUGGCAAUAGUGCAGAUAUGUUACGAAGCCAAAAACUGGUCUGCACUUAAUGACCAAAUAGUUCUUUUGUCCAAAAGAAGGUCCCAAUUGAAGCAAGCAGUAGUGAAAAUGGUACAAGAAUGUUGCACUUAUGUAGACAAGACACCUGAUAAAGAAACUAAAAUAAAACUUAUUGAAACAUUGAGAUCAAUAACUGAAGGCAAGAUUUACGUGGAAGUUGAGAGAGCUAGGCUUACACAUAUCUUGGCAAAGAUUAGAGAGGAAGAAGGAAAUGCGGCUGAAGCUGCUAAGAUCAUCCAAGAACUCCAGGUUGAGACUUACGGUUCCAUGGAUAAGAGAGAGAAGGUUGAGCUUAUCCUGGAACAAAUGAGACUAUGCCUUAACAUCAAAGACUAUAUCCGCACACAAAUCAUUUCCAAGAAGAUCAACACUAAGUUCUUUGAGGAGGAUGAUACUCAGGAAUUGAAAGAGAAGUUCUACCGGCUGAUGAUAGCUGUAGAUCAGCACAACGGCCAGUAUUUGUCAGUAUGCCGUCAUUUCAGAGCACUAGGCCAGUUGGCUGGCUCCGACGCUCUUAUUGGAAGUGUUGUGUUCCUGAUCCUGGCUCCUUAUGACAAUGAACAGGCUGAUCUAACGCACAGAGUCAAUGAAGACAAGGAUUUGGAUAAACUGCCAGAGUACAAACAAUUACUGGGCUUGUUCAUCAACCCAGAGAUCAUCAGAUGGAACACCUUAUGUUCUACAUAUGAGAAGAUGUUGCGAGGUACACCAUACUUCGACUCCUCCGAUGAGAAGGGCCAGGAACGCUGGAAUGACCUUAAGAAUAGGGUUGUUGAACAUAAUAUUCGUAUAAUGUCGAUGUAUUACACUCGCAUUACUUUGAAGCGUAUGAGUGAGUUACUGGGACUGAGUGAGACGGAAACAGAGGAGGCCCUCAGUCAAUUGGUCGUCAGUGGUGUGGUUCGCGCCAAGAUCGACCGUCCCGCAGGCGUAGUGCAUUUCAGUUUGAACAUGGACGCGUCGGAUCGUCUCAACGAAUGGUCGAACAACCUAAACACGUUGAUGCAACUUGUGAACAAAACGACACAUCUUAUCAACAAAGAAGAAUGUGUACACAAACAUCUCCUAGCAACCGCAGAAUAA